GGCAAGGCAGAAUAAAAUAGAGGGUUGGAGAGGCUGAUGGCGUGGCUCUGCUUUUGGAGCGGGGCACCCAACUGUCAUCGCUGCUGCCGCUCCUUCUGGAGUGGCCGCUGUGCUCCCUCCUCCCUAGGGCUCAUGGUGAGCUGCUCCAGCGGAAGGCGGGGCCGAGAGGCGCCGAGUGUUGCGGGAGCCUCCGCGUCCCCUUCCAGCUGACAGGUGGCCGUGCAGCCUAGGGCUCGUCUCUCCACUGUGUCCUCCUGACGCUGAGCUCCGGGGCGAUGGUGGACGUGCUGGGAGGGCGGCGCCUGGUGACCCGCGAGGGCACGGUGGUGGAGGCCGAGGCGGCGCUGCAGAACAAGGUGGUAGCUCUGUACUUUGCGGCAGGCCGGUGCGCGCCCAGUCGCGACUUCACGCCGCUGCUCUGCGACUUCUACACGGAGCUGGUGAGCGAGGCGCGGCGGCCCGCACCCUUCGAGGUGGUUUUCGUGUCGGCGGACGGCAGCGCGGAAGAGAUGCUGGACUUCAUGCGCGAGCUGCACGGCUCCUGGCUGGCACUGCCCUUCCACGACCCCUACCGGCAUGAACUGAAGAAGAGGUAUGACAUCACAGUCAUCCCCAAGCUGGUGGUCAUCAAGCAGAACGGAGCUGUCAUCACCAACAAAGGGCGGAAGCAGAUCCGGGAGCGCGGGCUGGCUUGCUUUCAGAACUGGGUGGAAGCAGCUGAUGUUUUCCAAAACUUCUCAGGGUGAAUCCGGAGGGACCAGGGCAGGUGCUGGGAAUGCAGGGCAACCUGCCUCCCAAGAGGGCUUCUUACCUGGCUCUCUUAACUGGUUCAUCUCUGGGAAAGACGUCAUUGUAGAGUCACCACGCUGUGACAGAGAGAAGAAUCUGCUGAGGAGAGAACUAUGCCCACCAGCCCACCCUCUGUGGUUCUGAGAGCUCCUUGGGAGGGAACGUUUAUUUCUUACAGCUUUCUCCACUGGUGCUGAGCUAUCAGAGAUCUAUGAAAGAUGCUCUUUCCAUCUUUGGUAAAUUGACCUAUGAGGUGAUGACCUAUCACAUUUUAGUGAUGCUUUGGUAAACAUUUAUUACUCAAGUUUAUAGACCAUUUAACUUAAUAAACCAAGACUCACACUUUGAGCAGCUC